AUGCAUAUGUGUUGUGUUCACACAUAUCUAUCUAUCUAUCAGCCUUCAUCUCUCGCACUACGUCUACACAUAUCUAUCUAUCUCUCUAUCUAUCAGCCUUCAUCUCUCACACUAAGUCUACACAUCUAUCUAUCUAUCUAUCUAUCUAUCUAUCUAUCUAUCUACAUAAGUCUACACAUUAUAUAUCUGUAUGUCUGUGUAUCUAUCUAUCUAUCUCUAUAUAUAACUGUCUGCACAUUAUCUAUCUAUCUGUCUCUCUCUCCCUAUCUAUCUAUCUAUCUAUUUCUGUCUGUUCAUACCAAUCGAUCUAUUUAUCCAUUUCAGUCUGUUCAUAUCUAUCUAUCUAUCUAUCUAUCUAUCUAUCUAUCUAUCUGCCUGUCUAAGUCUACUGUUAUCUAUCUAUCUAUCUAUCUAUCUAUCUAUCUAUCUAUCACGUUCUCUGUGACAAAGCCGGAUCUAAAUCAUACCGGACGGUCGUAUCUCUUACAAAGUUUCUUUUUAUUUUCUUUCUUUCUCAUUUUCACGUUCUUUCUUUCAUUUUCUUUUUUCUUUCUUUCACUUUCUUUCGUUCUUUUUCUUUCUUUAUCUCUUUCUUUUUCCCUUUUUUUUCUUUCUUACAUUUUCUUUCUUUUUCUCUUUCGUUUUUGCUUUUUCUUUCUUUCAUUUUCUUUCUUUUGUUUUCUUUUGCUUUCUUUCUUUCUUUCUUUAUUUCUUUCUUCAUUUUUUUACUUUCAUUUUCUGUCUUUCUUUGGCAAACACCCUGAAUUAUUUUUAUGGCUUUUACACUAA